GUCUGACGGAGCACGCUGACAGCAAACAAUAUAAAAGGAAAUGAGCUAAGGAAUCCAGCGACAGUGUUGAAAGCGAAGACUGAGUAGUCCCGCGCUUUUCAGUGGGUUUUGUUCGGUGCAUUCAUUUCCUCUCUUUACCCAUUUCUUCUCUCCCGCUUUGUGUCACCUUCAUUCUUGGCCUUCUGCCGGUAAACUGUUCGGCGAAAUGCCUGAACCAUGCAUUCCCUUACUGCUUCUGCUUACUUGCUUCUCCCCCACAAAUCCUUCGCUGGUUUGAACUCUCUGCACUUUCCCUCCAUUUUCUUUGUCGUUGAUUCGAGGGGACGGAGGAGGGCGAUGCAGUUCGCGACUUUGAAUCUUGUGAAGGAGACUGGGUCGCUGCUGGGGUGUUCGGAUUCUUUCAAGAAGGGGAACUGCCAUAAGGGUUUGUAUUGGGGUUACUCUGGGUUCUUGAGGAGGUGCAAAGACUGGGAUUGCGAGGGAGAUUUCUCUCUCGAGGCGGAGAUUUUGGAGUUCAUGAAGAAUUCCAAGAACCCAACGGCGUUUCCAACCAAGAAACAGUUGAUUGAUGCAGGGAGGAUGGAUUUAGUCGAUGCCAUCAUCAAGAAAGGAGGUUGGCUUGCAUUUGGGUGGGAUUUGGGUGAAGAGGCCGAAGAAGUAUCCGGAGAAGUUCAUGUCAAACAUGAGAAUUUGUUGAUAAAGAAUGAAUGUGAUGUUAAACAGGAGAGCAAUAAAAUUGAAGGCGCCGAAAUUUGGGGUUCUGGCCGAGUUUUUCGUCCUGUUACCUAUUCUCAAACAGCUGUAUCGCCUGAUAGAUCAGUAGAAAUUGCUGAGCAGUCUGGUAUUGAGGGUAUAUUGAAUCGACUGGAGAAAGAGAGAAAUGGUAUUUUAGGACUUGGGUUCAGACCCAAAGAAGAUAAUGUUUCUUCAUCUGGACAAAGUGAGGAUAAGGACGAAAGUCAUCGUAGAUCUACUAUAAAUUCAUUUGCUUUUCUACUAUAUCUAAAGGUAGCAGCUGACCUUGACAAAAGCGCUAAACCUGCCCGAAGAAGCUCAAACGGCAGUCCUCAUGGUGGUUUCCCAAGCAAACUUGGUGAGCACAGAUCUCUAACUGGUAAUCAUGAUUUAAGAAACGCACUUAAACCAGAUAUGUGGAGAAGUUGGGUUAUUAAGAGAAAUGGUUCCUCAUUUGAAAAUUUUGAAGAUGCUGAAAUUGCACCUAGUGGAACUGGUCUAGGAGCUGGGGUCGAUGUUUCAGGAAAUGAUGUCUUUGAAACAAGACAGCUAGCUGCUACACCUAUAAAUAGAGAGGCAGACUCAAGUCCUCCUGGUGGGAAGGCAAAUUACAAGGAAAUAAAAAGCCGCAUCCAGCAGCUUGAGUCAGAGUUAUCUUCUGUACUUCAGUCAUUGAGGUCUGGUGUGGAUGAAGUUGGAAUACAGACGGGCCCGGAAAGCUCUUCUGAUGAUCUACAUAAGCUUUCUGAUGCCUGGGAAUUCCAGGAAAAUGAGAUCUUGAGAGCUAAGGAUAGACUGCGCUCAAUUCGUGCUAAAUUGGCUGUGUUAGAAGGAAAGAUGACACUGGCAAUAAUGGAUGCAGAUAAGAUAAUUGAAGAGAAGCAGAAGAAGAUUGAUAAUGCUUGUAGAGCUUUAAGAUUUCUUAAGACCACUUGUGUGGUUUGGCCUAAUGCUGCCUCAGAAGUACUUUUGGCAGGAUCGUUUGAUGGUUGGUCCUCCAAGAGAAAGAUGGAGAAGUCAAAUUCUGGUGUCUUUUCUGCGUAUCUACAGUUGUAUCCAGGAAAAUACGAGAUUAAGUUCAUUGUUGAUGGCGAAUGGAAAAUUGAUCCCUUGCGUCCUGUUGUUCAUAAUAACGGCUACGAGAAUAAUCUCCUUAUCAUUCAGGAAUAAUGAUUCUUUUAAGUGAGCAUGAGGCUAUAUUUCUUUAAUAGACAACUGAUUAGAUGCACUAGGCUAGUCUUCCAUUGAUUUUCAUUUGAUUGACUCAUGUAAAUAGUAGCGAGCAGCUCAUUGAUUCUUUUAACUUGGAGGUUAUUUGUUGCCGACUCAAGUUGAGUGUAACGCUUCGAGAAGCCAAUUUUUGACUAAUAAGCUGAACUCCUUCAAUAAUUUGGAGUUAAAGGCAUUUGCGCA